AUGGACCUGUGCGCGAUCGCGCGCGGCGUCGCGCGCGUUGGCGCGGCGACGCGCGUCGACGAUGCGCGCAUGAAGAAGCGUUCGAGAAGACAACGCGCGCGCGUCGCGCCGCGCGCGAGCGAGCGCGCGGACGGCGCGGACGCCCCGCGAGGGUUUCCCUUGAAGGGCGGCUCGAGCGCGGGGCGCGGCCCCGGGGCGGCGCCGCUGCGGAUGGAGACGGAUGAACAGCGACGAUUCGGGUACGGCGGCGACGGCGCGCCGCCGGGGGACGACGACGACGAAGAAUCGUGGGACGACGGAUGGAACCCCGGGGGUGAGGGCACGCCCAGCGUCUGGGGAUUGGUGAUCUUGCUCGUCGUCGGCGCGUGGGCGCUGUGGGAGUACAAGCGACCCGGGGGGUCGUUGAACCCGGAGACGAAGCGGGCGAAGCAACGCGCGCGGUACGAGCGCGCGUUUCGAGCGAAAUACGGCUACCUCCCGGGUGAGCGCCCGACGGCCACGGGCGGUGGCACCGGAUCGAUCUCGGGGAUUUAA